UAUCUGGUUUACUGGUUUGUUGUGGUAUUGAUUGCAUUCAUCUUGAGUAUCAUGCUAACAAUGAACAUGUUUACAUCAAGUGUUUUUUAAUCACUUGAUUCAAAUUUUUACAAAACCGGUUGAUAACUGGAAAACGAUGUUAAUAAAGAUCGAUUAGAGGUUGACAUGAAAGAUAACAAGGAUUAAGUCAAUCUGGUUGACUAGUCACAAUGUAUUUUAAAGUUAUUCAGUUUGAUGAGUCGAGGAAACUCUUUGGUACUUCAAUACAGUUACCAUGAAAGUCACUCGUUUCAUUUGUGACAACAGAUACAGAAUAUUUAAAUCUUUUCUUGUCUAUUUUACCUUUUUUUGCCUUGGAUCGGCAACAACCCUUCUUGGUUCAAGUUUACUUGAUCUAGAAAUCAGUUUAAAUGCUGAUUUUGCCAAAGUUUCAUAUUUGAUUCCAGUUCGAAGUGCUGGUCACAUUGUUGGAUCAGCUUUUGCUGGGGUAAUUGGCCAAAAAUUCAAUCGAUCUCUAGUUCUUUGUAUUUGUAAUUUGAUUUCUGGCAUUUUUCUCGGAACUGCUCCAAACUUUAAACAGUUUGAGUAUGUCGCUUGUUUUUUAUUUAUUGCUGGCAUAGCACACGGUAUCGCCGACGUUCUGUGUAAUACACUGAUCACAGACACAUGGAAGGAUAAAUGUACAAAUUGGCUUCAAGCCUUACACAUGUCAUGGGGAAUCGGUUCACUUAUAACUCCAGUUAUAUGUCGACCAUUCUUAAUACCAGAACAGGACGAGACCCAAACAACAACAAACGAAACACUUAAAGAUCCGUCGAUUACAACCAUAAAUAUGAAACCAACUGCGGAUGAUGUGAAGGCACAAUAUGCCUUCAUGAUCAUUGCUGCAAUAUCAAUGUUCAUCGCCUUGCCAUUAGGUUAUAUUUAUUUUAAAGAGCGAAGUUUACAAAAUAAAAUCAGCAACAAGCAAAUAAACCCAGAUACCAAACAAAAAUGGGCUCCGUGGAAAGUUAACGUAGGAAUCAUUUUAUUGGCAAUCAUUGGUCAUCUAACAUAUAGUUUAGAGUCAGUCAUUGGUUCGCUUGGAGCUUCAUUUUCAGUCAAAUCUGCUCUUCAUAUGGACAAAAAGACCGGUGUUUUACUUGCCACUGUUUUCUGGUCUUGUUUCUCCUUUUAUCGGUUAAUCUUCAUUCCACUGACAUUUGUUACAUCAGAAGUGAAAUUAUUGCUCAUGAAUACGCUUUUCAUGAUUAUUGGUGUUUUAGUUUGCGUUCCUUGGGCAAAUACCUAUCAAAUCUGCAUUUGGAUUGGAUUCACUCUCUUAGGUGUAGGAAUAUCUCCAAUAUUUUCAGCUUCAUAUGGAAUGCUAUCGAAGCACAUUGUUCUUACUGGAAAAAUAUCGCCUAUUAUUUUCAUUCCUGGAGUUCUCGGUGAAUCUGCUCAUCCUGCACUUGCAGCUACUUUAAUGGCAAAUAAUCAAAUUUCAUUUCUUUAUUACAUUGGUCUUCUUGGCGUUCUUCUCAUCAUAACAUUUGCCACUCUCAUGGUUUAUUGUAAAAAGGUUUUUAAAAGUCCUGAUGGUCUUCAUCGUGGAGUCAAGGAUAGAUUAUCGACUCUAAGUAUUAGUCGCCACUAAAAUUGUCAUAUUUUGUCUCAUUGUAUUUUAUAAAUUGUAACAAAUGCUUUAAAUUCUGACCCCAACGAUGCAUCAUUCAAAAAUUAAAACGUCAAUUCUUGUUUCAAA